GUCAAGGCAUAGAUGUGCUUUAACAGGGAAAUUCGCGGUUUCAGAGGUUUUUUAAAAUACUCUAUAGAAGAUGGAGAUCUGGGGUAAAAAAAAUUUACAAUAGCCAAAUAAAUAGAAAAAAAUCAAAAUUGCAACCCUACUGCCGCUAUAUGCUUAAUGUGCCUUGGAUAUCACAAUGUCAAACUCGAAUUUUAGUGAUCAAUUGAUCUCAGCUGUGGUUAAAUUUCAUUCUCUCCAUGCUUGAACGCUUCCAGACAGCUUGAAAUGACACAUAAUCAAAGACGAGAAUGUCAGCUGGUGAUCACAGACAAAAAAUUACCUCUAACGUCAAGCAAUGUGCAAAUUCGAAUAAUACAAUUAAGUGAUCACGAUGAAGUGCUUAAUUUCCUUAGAACGCAUUAUUAUAAAGAGGAGCCAUUGACCAUUGGAAGUGAACCAAAGGAACAAGAUCCAGAAGAUGAAAAAUUCAAUAUGUCACAGAUUGCGCACGGAACUUGCUUAUUGGCAGUUCAGCAAAUCGCUGACGAUAAUGAAGAUAGCGAUAUUAGGGAACGUGUUGUUGGUGUUUUAAUAUCAGGGCCGAAGGAUCAACAUGAAGCUGAGCAUUUAUUCGAGGAGGCGGCCCGUUUCGGUCCCACUAAAUGGGGAAUAGCUCUAAAAUUUUUGGCCCGAGCAGAAGAGAACUCCAAUGUGUAUGAACGUUAUAGUGUGACAAAAGCUUUGCAUAUUCAUAUAUUGGCUGUGGAUACAAAUUUGCGUGGGCGCUCGAUUGGUGUGAGGCUUGUAGAUGAAUUGAAACGACUGGGCCGGCAGCUUGAUUAUCCGUUGUUGACUUUGGACUGCACAAGUUACUAUUCAGCAAAACUAUGUGAAAGAUUAGGCAUGGAUUGUGUGAACGUCGAAAAAUAUCAGAAUUACCUCGACAAUGAAGGCAAACCUAUUUUUAGACCUCCACCACCACACAAAUGCCUUAAAACCUUCGCCAUGAGAUUGUAAUUUAAAUAUUUCAACUAUUUAAAAAGUUGACAACGAACAAAUGUCUGCUUAACAAUUAAAAUGAUGUUUUAUUGUUAUUAUUCAAUUUUUUUAUUUAGCUUUAUCUAAUGCAAACUUUCAGUGGUCUGAUUAAAUAAAAGAUAAUUUUAAUAAUAUCUUA